AUGGAGAACCAAUACCCCUCCACCACCUACAUGCCUCAGCCCACCAGCUUUGCGCCCUACUCGAGCUAUUCGGCCCACCACCCGCAACAGCAGCAGCAGCACCCGCAGCAUCCCCAGCACCAACAGCAGCAGGCUCAACACCAGCACCAACAGCACCAACAGCAGCAGCAAGCCCAAUCGCAGCAGGAACCUUCGCGCGACACCCACAACCACAACCAGACACUGCCUCCCCUGCAUACCCAAGCUGCCAACUUUGGUCAGCUGCCCUCUCUGUACAACGGCUCUGGCAGUCACCCCCAAACCCCCACUACCGUGCACACACCCACCACUUCCUCAAUGGGUGCCAACGGUCUCCACGCUUUCUCGCAGCAGCAACAGCAGCACCAAUCGUCGCCGGCGACCACUGGUUCAAUGCUUCCUCCUUCGUCCACCUACAUUCCCUACUCGACGUCGCAAUCCACCCUGCCUCCUGCAUCCACUGCCACGAGUGCUGCACAGACUCCGGCUCAAGCCAGACUGCCUGACUUGCGCCCACUUCAACCUCAGGCUUCUUACAACAACGUGUCAACACUGCCCAGCUUUGGCGCAUCGGGACUUGUAGGUGCGCAGCCAUACAUGCAGAAUCACGAGUCGGAACCUACCCAUGUUGUGGGAUCGCAGGGAAGACGUGGUAUCCUGCCUAGUGCGCCCGGCCGUGCUGCUGCUCCUGCACCCGGAACAACUGCUGCUGCCUCGACCAAAUCAAUGAUUCCAGCAAAAGAUGCAGACGGAAAGUUCCCCUGCCCACACUGCAAUAAGACAUACCUGCAUGCCAAACACUUGAAGAGACAUCUUUUGCGCCACACCGGAGACCGUCCGUACAUGUGCCACCUGUGCAAAGACACGUUUUCGCGCAGUGAUAUUCUCAAGCGCCAUUUCCAGAAGUGUUCGAUUCGUCGCGGCAAUCCUACAGGAGCUAAUCACCUCGCUCAUCAGCGCAGAAACACGAACGGCUCCAACCGCAUGUCUAUCAGCAGCACCGAACCGGUCGCUCUCGCUGGUCUCGCAGAAGCCGCAGGCGCUCCUUAUACUAAUGGAACGAUUUUAAGCGGUGUCACCAACAGCCCUACCGUCAAUGGCGAGGGCUCUUCGUACGCUUCGAGCGUGGCUUCAAUUUCCAACCGCUCGUCCCGUGCUAACAGCCUGAUUCACCCGGUCGGUAUGACUAGUGAUGGCAGAGGUAGCCUCACAGGUUACCCCAAUGGCGUCCCCGCGUACGGUGGCAUGCGUCCCCACUCUGCCUCGAACCCUAUGCCCCCCAGCUACGGCUUCCAGAUGGGCAACGGCAGCCAGUUCUACCCUCCAAACGUCAAGACUGAAGAGCAGGCACCAAGCGGCUACACUCACCAGCCCCCUCCGAUUGCCGAAAACCGCCAACCCAACGGCGUCGACUGGUCCAUGUUCGCGCCUCAGCACGCUCACGAUGGCUUCAUGACACAGUCUCAUGCAAGCCAGCCGCAGAUGCCUGUCAAGACCGAGGGCGGCAUGGACAAUCACAGCUACAACUCGUCAAACGAGCACAGCAACGAGCAGCAGUUCUUUGGAGGACUCUACUCACAUCCGUCGGGCUUCGGCGAAGAUUCAGGUGCGCACCACCUGUCUGGUUUCCCAAACUGGAACAUGGAUCUCGUGCAAAGCGAUCCAUUGCAGGCCAAGGCCAAUGCAUUGCUGACGUACGUACUUUCAAACAGAACAUCCUCAAGCGAUGACGCUUGCGACGAGAUGAGAAAGUGCUUGACUGUUGAAAACAUCAAGCACUUCAUCGAGAAAUUCACCAGCUUCCAGGGUCACUGGCCGAUCAUCCACAUGCCUACUUUCGAAAUCCUUAAAGCCAACGAUGGCCUUGUCCUCACCAUCAUCUGUAUCGGAGCCGUCUACUCCGAAAAACGCGACCUGUAUCAAGUCCGAAGAAUGAUGGAGCUUGUCAAAGAUGCCGUCAAGAACGCUUCAAGAGUCCACAACGUAAUAAUGGGUGUUAUCCAAGAAGGAAACCAGCCUCUAGGCUCGCUCGAGUCCGAUAUUGAAGAGCUUCAAGCUUUGUACAUGCUCAAGGUAUUGUUUUGCUGGCAUGGGACCCCAAGCCAGCGCGCAAAUGCUAGGAAGAACUUUGACAGUGUUGUCGAAAUCGCCCGACGAAUUGUCAUAUCUCCCACAGGUUCCGGCCAAGCGGCAUACAGCGUACUCCACCAGCCAGGCCCCAUAUCCCAGGAAGCUCUUCUUACUUGGACCUGGUCCUCCUGGAUCGCGCAAGAGAGGCGUAACAGAGUUGCAUUCACCCUUUUCCUGCUCGACGCAGCUCUCGUCAUGUACUUCAACAACGAGCCCAAGUUCGAUCCGUUCGAGUUCCGCCUGCCGCUACCCUGUGACGACGCUGCCUGGGAAGCUAGGACUGAACAAGAGUGUCGCGACGCGCUAGGUUUGAAUGGCACUGCUAAGCAAGCCUUCAACGUCUGUGGCAGUCAACGUCCUCGUCAGCCAGACAUGAGAAGCGCUAUGCGAGGCUUGAUGGAGCCCAACUACACUUUCUCAUCACGCUCUACCAACAUUUACUCCAAGUUCAUUCUCAUCCAUGCCCUCCUUGUUCAGAUCUGCAAAUUCCAGCGCGCGAGUUUCUUGCAGAACAUCACAGGCCAGUUUGGACAUGGUGCCACAGCGAGUGGUCCCGGCACUCCGCUCGGGCAGAACGACUGGAUCGCCUCAGACGGUAGCAGCAAUGUUGGCACACCUAGUGACAACCCUCAAGCCCAGAAUGCGCAAAUCCAACCCGUCCUUAAGUCCAUUCAGCUUGCCAUGAGUAAGUGGAAGACUAUGUGGGACGUCGAUAUCGCUCUUCAAUAUCCUCAAAACGGCAUUGGCUACCGACGAUUCGGUUUCUCUCGUGACGGCAUCCACUUUUACUACCUUGGUCAAUCGCUACUGCGCUCGACAAAGGCUUCCGAAUGGACGGCACCGCCAGAUCUUCGCUUCCUGCAAAUCAUGGGUCUUCUGAAGAAGAUCAAAGGCUUUGUUUCGAACGAAAACACUCAAGGCGGCCUAGACACUGGUUCCGUCGGCGACAUUGAUGACACUUAUGGCGUUGGAGAUCUUACUCUGGACAUGAAGCUUCUCUUCAAGCCGAUGGGCGAAGCAGACAGCCCGAUAGCAGGUGUUCGAACGGACACGAUACGAUGA